AUGCUGCACAUGCGACCUCACAGCCCCAGCGCCGACCCCGCGCCCUGCUGGGCACCACAGCCUCAAGGACCCAGCCCUGCUAAGCGCCGCCGCCUCCACGAGCCUGCCCGCCAUGAGCCCCCGGCGUCUCCCGACCUGGAAGCGCCCACCCAGGCCACCAACGAAGAGCUCACCUCCGUGCUGGUCCUGGCCCAUGGCUGUGCCAUGCAACUGCAGCUGGACGGAGUCGACCUACUGCUGGAGCCCGAGCCCACCUCGGUAAUGCAAGUGGAGCUCCCUGGACACACCUUAAUCCUGGUGCCCGAGGGCCUCCAGUCUUUCGCCCAUCUUGGACAGCCUGGGUUCUUGUCCACCAGCCCACAGGAAGGCGCUCUCCGGCACUUGCCCCAGGACCACCUCGUCGUCCUCCAGCAGGGAUCCCUCUGUGAAGACAUCCUAGACAACUCCUAUCAAGAGGUCGCCUGCGAUGAGGAGGACGACUCUGGCUUCCUGUCACCCUGGAUUGACGCUCCAGCUGGCCAGGCCUCUGAGCUCCUUUCCUGCCACAUCAGGAUGCCCACUCCUUGGCCUCAGGACUACAUCCUCGAACCACAGCUUCAGGUACCCUCCCCUACUGCAGAGCCAUGGUCUCCGAGGUCCUUCUGGGACUUGGAUAGCUACCUGCAGGGACCUUUCCCCACCUCGCCACUGCAGCCUCUGCCCCCAUCUCCUCCUCCAAGUCCCCAGGAGCAGCGCCCUCCACGCCCUCCAGGCCCUCCACGCCCUCCACGCGCCCCGUGCAAGGCCCGGAGGCGACUGUUCUAUGAAUGAACUACCUGCACAAAU